CCUCAGAGUCAUCUGUCGACAAUUGAUAACAUGAAUACGCUGAUCCUGGUUAUAUUUGUUGUUCUGAUUCAUCUCGGCACGGGAGUGAAAAUACACAAAUUAGACGUUCCGGAAAUAAUUCAUUUUGGCCAUCCUGUGAUAUUGGACUGUGAUUUCACGUUAGAAACUAACGAUCAGGAGCUAGUGGUCAAAUGGUUCUUCAAUAAGACUUUAGUGUACCAAUGGAUACCUGGUACAAAAAAGCGACCGCAAGUCUCUGGCAUCCUGAAGGACCGCCUGAAUCUGGAAUAUGUGGCAAGCAGGGAUGCGAACAGCGUUCACAGGGCGUUGCACAUUCUCAAAGCCUUGCCGGAUCUUUCGGGGGAUUACACCUGCUCGGUUUCCACGAUGCAGAGCGAGGACAUCGAAACUAAGACCAUGGUCGUGCUAGUAUUAGCAAAGAGUCUGAAGCUUCAGAGGAUAAGAGGAGAAGAUGGAGUCAUUGAAGUUCAGUGCAUCGCAGAAGGAGUGUUUCCUAUGCCACAAAUGACUCUGAGUUCUCUAAAGAGGAAUAUCACUGGCCCAGAAGUGACAACAAGAAGGAAAGGGCAGCUGUAUGAGGUAUCGGCGAUAGUGACCUUGAGGGCUCUUGAAGACCCUGAGGAAUUCUGUUGCAAACUGCAUAUCUCGGAGGCAAACUACACGACGAGAAAAGAAGCUAUUUUCUACCCAUCAGAUCAUUUUCAAAUAAGUGUAAUCAUAGAUGAGUAUUGA